AUGGACACUCAACGCUGGGAGCUCGACGGACGAAUCGUCGUGGCGGGGCUGAGGUUUGUUGGAUACUUGAGCUUGUUGUCAAUGAAUGUGUGGAUUACUAUGCGAUCUCAGAUGAGCAUGCCUCGUGAUUCGAGGAUCGUCAUGAGAGAGUACCAAGCGUCCAGGUCCGCAUUACUACUUACAACGCAGGCCAUCACGAAGGGAAUCUUGAUUUCACCAACACCGCUGUUGGGCACGGUGGUGGGUGAAGUGGUGGCGCUGGUCUUGGAGGCCGCUGAAGUAGUGCUUGCAGCAGAGGUCGUGGUAGCGGAAGUGGUUGAAGGCACGGCAGAGGUUGAGGAGGAAGUCACCAUAGUAGUCGAGGAAGAGAAAGAACUGGAGGAUGUGGUGGUUGAUGAGGAACUGGUUGACGAAGAUGAAGAGGCCGAUGUAGAAGUUGCAGAUGCGCUGGUGGUAGACGUAGAGCCAGUGACACCUGUGAUAGCGAAACGCGGAGAGUAG